AUGAACUUUGGCUUAGAACGCAUCCAUUUUCUACUCUCAAAACUCGAGAAUCCGCAUCUUCGCCUAUCCGUAAUUCAUGUUGGCGGAACUAACGGUAAAGGAUCCGUAACAGCCUAUAUAGACUCAAUCCUUAUAAAGGCCGGCUAUAAAACAGGUCGAUACAACUCUCCUCACCUUCUCGAACCACGCGAUUCAAUCCGCAUCAAUGGCAUACCCAUCAAUAAGGAAUCUUACCAGCGCGUUCGCAACCGUGUCGAAACCGUCAAUUCAGAGUCUGAUAUCAGGGCAACGUCUUUCGAGCUAUUGACGGCAGUAGCACUAUGCUGCUUUGAUGCUGAGAAAGUAUCGAUUGCCGUCAUUGAAGUAGGCCUAGGCGGCGCCAAAGACGCGACAAAUGUAUUUCCCUCGCCGCUCAUGAGUAUUAUCACGGCCAUCGGUAUGGACCAUAUGGAAAUAUUGGGCGAAACAAUAGACCUUAUUGUCAAGGAGAAGGCCGGUAUACUGAAGCCAAACGGUAAAGCAAUUUUUGCCCCCCAAAUUCCGGCGGUGCAGCAAAUUCUGGUGGACUGUGCAAUUAAUAUCGAAUGCGAUGAGUUUAUUAUCGUAAAUGCUGCCACUUGGGUUAACGGUAAUGUGCGCAUGUAUCUCGACGGCUGUUAUUUCGACUUUCAUAUUCCGCUUCUCGGCGACUUUCAAUUGGAGAAUGUUGCAGCGGCUAUAACAGCAAUUCUUUCAAUUCGUAAACAUGUCAGCGAGUUUGCUUCAAUCACCUAUACUCACAUCAAAGAAGGAGUAAGGGAUACCAAAUGGCCGGGAAGGCUUGAGUGGAUCGACGUUUCGUCAGUGUUAGGCGGGAGCCAUCAAAGAAUACUAGUUGACGGUGCUCAUAACAUGCUAGCUGCAUCUGCUCUUCGAUCCUUUAUUGAUAAAGAGUUUGACGGGAUUAAGCCAAUUCAUUGGAUAAUUGGCAUGAAAGACGGUAGAGAUAUCCCUGCAAUGCUUAGAUUACUUCUUAAAAGUCACGAUUCAGUGUAUGCCGUAAUAUUCUCCGACGUUGAGGACAUGGCAUGGAUACACCCAUGCAAUCCGGAUCUCAUUGUAGAUAGCGCAAAGGGGAUCCAUACUGACAUGUUUGCGGAGUCGAGUGUAAAUUUGACUGCUGCCCUCCAAAAUGCAACAACGAGAAGCAAGAAUGACGCUGGAAUGAUGGUUUUAUGCGGAAGUUUAUAUCUUGUGGCAGAUCUUUACAGAUUACUGAAAUUAGAAGCGUAG